ACGAAACGUGACAACAUCGACUGGUCCGCUCGUACCUGAGAGCUUUACGGAAAGAAAGUUCUUCGACACCGUGGUGAUUUUCACCUUGAGAAUGAGCUCUAAGAAGAAGCCAUCCCUGCUCUGCAACACCAAACGUGUUAAAGAGAACAAACAAAGAAGGGUGACUCCAUCAGUUUUCACCCAGGAGAUGUUGCAGUCCACAGAGGAGCACCUGAAUCACACAACUGAGGUGCAUCCACCCGUCAACCUGGAAUUGCUUGACAUGAGCACCACUACACAUCACAAAUGUUCUUCCGCAGAUAUAGAUGAGCCACUAUUUCAACCCUACCCAUCAGAGCUGGUCUUCCAGAAUUUCAGUGCUGGACAGACCUACAACUUAAAGCUGUACCUCCUCAACAACGACAAGGUUUCACGGCACGUGAAGCUGGAGCAGCAGGGCUCCGACUAUUUCAGCGUUGUUGGUCCAAGUGAUGGACGUAGCAACAUUGCACCGGGAAUGUGUGCCAUGUUCAAAGUCUCCUUCACCCCACAUGAUAACAAGGACUACCACCAUAGACUUGUUUGUGUGACGGAGAGGGAAAAGUUUGAGAUUCCAGUCCGGGCCAUUGGGCCACGUGCCAUUCUUGACUUUCGAGACAAGAUUGACUUGCCAGUCUGUCCCGUGAAAGCUUCAACUGAGAAAACUCAGCUUGUUUCCAAUAUAGGAAACAGCAAGGCCAAGUUCAUGCUCUACACAAAGAGGCCAUUUUCUGUGACACCUGAGUUUGGGACCCUUGAUGUAGGUGAGAGCAUGCAGGUGACUGUGUUUUUCCACCCAAUGGAGGUAGGAGACCACAGGCAGGAUUUGCUGCUGCACUACCACACUGGUGAAAAUGUGUCCAUUAGCCUGUAUGGGUCCUGUGAGGAACUGAACAUCCACCUUAAACCUGACUGCGUCUGGCUGGCAAAUACUUAUAUCUCCCUGACCUCUACACGCACAGUGUCCCUCACCAACAGCGGUGACAUCCCACUUCAGUACCGCUGGACUGUGUGGCCCAGCCAACAUGAGGAGGACCUGAGCUCAUUGAGGGAGGGCUCAGUGCCCGAGCCGAAGGAAGAAGGAGAACCAGAGCUUUUGCAGUGUGAGUCUGACCCCACAGGGAUCCUCCCACUGCAGUCCAGAGCCCUGCAGGAAUGCAGAAGCAAGGGUGCAAAGGAACACCUCUGGACUCUCUCACACGGCUGCAUAACUGUGGAGCCUGCGGAGGGGGAAAUAUGGCCCAGCAUGACAGCAACAUUCAAUGUCAUCUUCAAGCCUGAGGAGGCCGGACUUUAUCAAGACACCAUAUACCUCAAUGUCACAGGACGUGAAUCACGGUUACCCCUCACAGUCAAGGGUGAAGGCAUGGGACCUCAUCUUGUGCUCAACUAUGACGGGCUGGAUUUAAAAGACAUGUUCAUAGGGGAAAAAUUUCGUCAAGAGUUGUGGUUGUCCAACAAAGGGCCAAUUGACGCCCCUUUUAGGUGGUCAAGUCCUGACAGCACUUUUGGCCGCUGCUUCUCCUUCAGUCCUGAAGAAGGUGUCGUUCCCUCUGGGGCCUGCCAGAUUGUGGAAGUAUCUUUCCGCAGCUCCAUCUUGGGUUCAUUCUCUGAGGUCUUGCUCCUAACUGUGGCAGGACAGCCUCAACCCCUUACCUUCACUGUCAGGGGUUCCGUCAUUUGUCCCACGAUCCACUUCAGUGUUUCAGAGCUGAAUUUUGGGGACGUAGCCUUUGGUUUCCCAGUAACAUUAAUUUGUACCCUCUUCAACUCUUCUUUUGUGUCCGUGAACUUCGCCCUGCGUGUCCUGGGAGACGGGUUGGGUUCUCCUAGCAUUAGCUCAUUCGAACAGGUUUCUGAUGAGUCACGAAAAAAUUGGCAGGGUCAUACUGCUAGAGAUCUUCAUCCAUGCCCUGCAGAGUUCACGGUCAGCCCAGCAGCAGGAUCAGUGCGUAGCGUGUCCGAUGAAGACAUUAAGGUGACGCUGUGUUCCAACACACUCAGGACAUACAGGCUGGCACUGGUGGUGGAUGUUGAAGGGGUCGGGGAGGGAAUUCUGACUCUUCCUAUAAAAGCGAGGUGUGUUGUGCCUCAGAUUGUAGUGGAGACUCCAAUGCUGGAUUUUCAAAGGUGUUUCCUCAAUCACGCCUAUGAACAGCGAGUGCGGCUGACCAACCCCAGCAGUUUGCCUGCCUGCUACGGCAUGCUUGAUCAGGAAUAUGAGGAGAAUCCAUCACUGCUUUUAGGCAGUUCUGCACCCAGAGGAGUGAUUCAUCCAGGCAGCUCAGAGGAGCUUCCCGUGCGUCUCCUAGCUAAGGCCGUUGGAAUACUGCAUCGCUCUCUGCGUAUUGCUGUGUUUGGCAGCCUCCAGCCACCCCUGGAGGUGGCCUUGUCAUGUAUUGGCCGAGGACCAUUAGUUGACAUCCGCAGCACAGAGCUACACUUUGGAAAAAUUCCCGUUCUGACGGACAUCGCCAAAACCCUGGUCCUGUCAAAUCGGUCACCUGUUCCAGCUCGCUUUACUACUCCAAUGAUCAGAAAGUCUUUUUGGCGUGUUGAGCCCAGGGAGGGGGAGGUGCCACCAGGGAGCCAGGUGGAGCUCAAGGUUGUGGUGCACCUGAAGGACACGAUUCAGUUCAAGGGCAAGUUAGAGGUUUCCAUUCAGGAUAGUCAGACCCUCACUGUCCUCCUGUCUGCCACUGGCACUGGCACUACAAUUGUCAGUGACAGGCCUUUUGGUCCCAGCCUUGACCUAGGCACGCACUUCAGCCAUGAACCAUACCAGUACCACUUCAAGCUCUCCAACCAUGGCAAGAGAGUACACCGGAUGUACUGGAAGAUCGAUACCUCACAGCCCACCACAAAAGCCCACAAAGGCGGCAGCUUGCCCAACCAAAGCUUCCUACCUCCUAUCUCCACUCCUAAACAGAGAGAUGAUCCAAGGCUUGGAUCUUUAGUCCCUUCCAGCAGGGAGAAGUCGGUGGUCAGCCUCAGUCCAUCUCGUCUGGAGCUUUUUCCAGGCUGCUCCGCUGACAUGGUGCUGACAGUGUCUUCACACUCCCCUAAGGUUGUGCGUGAGCGUCUGGUGUGCUACGCUGUUGUUGGUCAGCAGAGCUGUCAGGAGAAGAUCAUGUCUGUAGAUGUUACUUGUCGCCUUGUGGCUCCACUGCUCAGCAUUUCCUCAAAGUGGCUGAACUUCUAUACAGAGAAGGUCAAAGGAGAGAAUCUGCUGCCCCUAUACGAGAAGCUGAUUUUAAAGAACGUGUCCUCUCUGCCUUUAUCCAUGAAGCUCUCGCUCGUAGAACCUUUCUGUCUGUGUGAGGCCCCAUCAGACCCUACUACAGCUACCACUAAGUCUGUGGUUUUAGGUGACAGAUGUGAGGCUGAGUUGUGGGUAUGCUUUAAUCCAGCUUUCUGUAAUGAUCGAGUGUCACGAAUUGUGGAUGAGUUUCUCAGAGUUAGUUACUUGGGACACCCACAGCAAGACGUGGUGGAGCUGCACGCUGAGGUCCACUACCCCAACCUCGACUUCUCCUCCACCACAGUAGAUUUUGACUGUGUGUUAAACUGCACAAAGACUCACAAAGUAAUCACCAUGACCAACUGCUCCCCGCUGCCCGUAUCAUAUUUCUGGGCUUUUCUGGAUGACCACAGUAACAUCAGAAAGUCAGAGAUGCUGCAAGGAAAAAAGAAGCAGAAACUUCCAGAAGGUCAGACUGAAGAAUGGAGGCCCUUGUCUGCAACUCUCUCACCUGCCGUUUCAGCUCCUCUGAGCCCUGUGCCUGUUGCAGAUGCACACAGCAGCUCACAGUGUCCUGUGCGUGUGAAAGAGAUAUUUGAUAUCUUGCCAAUACGUGGUCAUCUACAACCUGGGGAUCAGCAGGCAGCCACUUUCUCUUUCUAUGGCCACGAAAAUAUCAGCAGAGAGGUGGUCGCAGAGUGCCAUGUAGAGGAGGGGCCUAUAUAUGAAAUCAUUCUCAGAGGACACGCAUCAGAAAUCAGCUACAGCCUUGACCCCACCCAUUUGGACUUUGGUCAGCAGCUUCUUCAUUGUGUAGGGGAAGCUUAUGUGACCCUCACAAAUACUGGCAAACUGGGCUUUAACUACAGUGUACACCCUGAAAGAGAGGAGGAGGCUUAUGAGAAAGAAGUGAGGCAGAUGAAGGUCUUUGAACAACAGGCCCAGGUCACACCUGGUUGGCCCAUGGUCAUUCCUGCUCAGGGUUACCUUGAUGCUGGUAUGGUACAGGUGCUGCAUGUACUCUACCUUCCGGGUAUCCCUGAGGUGUUUAAGAAGAAGCUUCAGAUGCAGGUGGCGUCCCUACCACUGCAGGAGAUCACUCUGACUGGAGUCGGGGUGUUCCCCAGGAUCAGCCUGGACUUGCCACGAAACCUGCCAGAGGAGUGCUACAGUGAUGUGUUGCAGCAGGCCAGAGCAGCUGUGGAGGCAGAUGGAGUCAAAGAGAUGCUUACAAAUGAAAUUAAUGUCGGGUAUGAAGAGCUGCUUCAGAUGGAAGUUGAUAGAUUGCUGGUCAGAGAAAAUGCUCUUGCUGUGGCCGAUAGCUUGCUGGAGUCUGAAGAACCAAAAGAAUCCUUCAGAAAGUGGAACAAGCUUAUAAAGUUCCAGCUCCCAGAGUAUCUUCUAGAUUUUGGGUUUGUCAUUCCUGGCAGAGUCGUCAGUCACGCUGUCAGAGUCACCAAUAUUGGAUCAAUACCCGUGUCUUUCCACGCCAUUAGCAAACAUCUUGGGAGCACAGGUUUCACAGUAGACUCUGAGAGCCCGAAGAAUCAGCCCCAAGAGAAGACGCGGACAUUGACAGUUAAAUUUGACCCUAAAGGAGCCAACCUGAACUUGGGGUAUAAAAGUGCUGUCCUCCCAAUCCAGGUCACAGAUGGUCCACUGGUGCACGUGCGACUGUGUGCAGUGGUAACCAUGCCAGCUGUCACCGUGUCCAGCGAUACCGUUCAGUUUGACACUUUGCAGUGCAGCAUGUGUCAGGUGAAGAUGAUUCAGCUCCUGAACCAGGAGUCUGUGCCGUGUCACUGGAGCAUAGCUGAGGAGGUUAAGCCUUGGAAAAAGGUCGAUAAGUUCCUGCCUCUCUACAAGCGUAGAAAAGCCUUGCAGGAGCAGCAUCCACCCCCUGUGGUGUUUGAGACGUUUCCCCACUCCGGCAUGCUGUCCCCUGGUGAACGGGUCAAUGUCCACAUAAAGUUCAGCCCUGCUGAUGGGUGCACUUACAACAGACGGCUAGUGGUGCGAGUGGCUGACAGCACCCAGCAGGUGUUCAUCACAGCUCAGGGUCAGGGUGAGGAUCCACGUCUGGAGUUCUGGCCGUCGGUACUCGAGCUGGGGCCUUGUCUCCCUGCCAGCACUGAUGCUGCAGUUGAGGUUACAGUGAAAAACCCUUGUUCUUUCCCCAUUGAGUUUUACUCCCUGGAGUUUGACACACAGUAUCUCCAAGAAGAAGAGAUCCUGCGCUUGAUGGAGGAUUAUAAAGACAGCAACGUGUUACUGCUUCCUCCCAGGGCUCCAGGCAAAGGGCUUCCCUCAGAACUGCUCGACUAUUACAAAGAGUACUGCUCCAAGAUGAAAGAUGAUGAGCUGAAGGCAGGCAUCAAUGUUGAUGUUCAAAAUCGAGACACGCAAGAACUAAAGGAAGCCCACCCAGAAAUUAGCACUAAAAGUAUGAAACCAGCUGAAAUGCUUUUUUCAGAACUGGCCAGAGAGGGAAACAGCGAGAGUCUAAGACGGUUACAGAUGACUCCUGUGUCCAAAGCAAUUGCUCGCCAUAUGGGUGUUGACUUGUCACCAGAGGCUCUGGCUGCCCGCAACUGCAGAGGCAUCGCUGUUAUUGUAUAUGGAGCCCCACUGACAGAUAAGAGCAGCACAGCAGCUGCUCUGGCACGUCAGUACGGAGCAGCGUGCCUCUGUGUUGAUGCUGUGGUUGCAGAUGUGCUUCUUCAUGGCACUUCACCGGUCAGCCUGACAGCCAGACAUCUCUUUGACUGUGCUGUAGAGCAUGCUCAGAAGAAUGCUGAGGAAGCUGGUCGAGUCCUUGAAGAAACCUCUGGACUGGGACCCACAACACUUCUUGAAGCCUCAGAUCCAGAUUCAUCUACUUUUCCACUAAAGACAGCAAACAUGUGCGAGGACAGCAGUAGUGAAAAUGUCUCUGUGACUCCUCUGAUCACUGAAAACCAACGUGUUGCUCGAUGUCUGGGAGGAGAUGUGACCACACUGAGGAGUCUCUUGCCUGAGCAUUUGCUGGCUGAUAUCCUGGCAGAAAGAUUUCAGUUAAGCGAUUGUUACCGUGGAAUAGUGAUUGACGGCCUGGAGUCAGCAUACACUCAGUUUCCGGCAAGCACUCUGCAGAUUGUUCUCAAGGCUCUGAAUAAUCGCAAACACAUCUAUGUGGUCAAUUUAUCCGACUCCUAUACGGCCUUAAAGGCACGGGAAAGGGCACGUAAAGAAGCUGAAGAGGCCCUGCAGAAGGAGGAAGCUGCCAAGGAGGAGGAAUUGCUGCAGGACCUGGAUGAGGAGGAGUUUAAUGCUCUUCCACAGGAGGUGAAGGAGCGCAUUAACCAGAAACACAGAGAAGCAUUCCAACAGCAGAAAUUCAGGGAGCAGAAAACAAAGGAGCUAAAAGAAAAGAGGCUACAGGAGGAAAAUCAGAAGCUGAGAGAUGUGGGAGGAAAGAAGGACAUUAAAGAAUCAUCAAGGGAGAAGAGCUUGCUGGUGGUAAAGCAGACAACAAGGGCAGUGCAUGACCCGAGGAGAUCUUCUGGUCGCGACUCUAAAGAGCUGCUAGUGGUCACAAGAGACCAAAAUAAUCUAAAUGAAGGACAUCAUAGCAAAGAGGCUGAUGAGCCACAGAAACAGACAGAAGGAAGCAAAGGAACCGCGGACUCUCCUCCACCCACAGACAAACUGGAGAAAGAGAAGUCCAGUGUGGAGAACCUGCAUUCUCAGUUCAUCCAGUAUGAGCAGAGCCAGGCCCUGGUGGAACAUAUCCUACAGCACUGGGACCGAGCCCGCAGAUUACUGUUGGUGCCACUCUCCACUGAAGAUACCUUAGGGUCAGCCGAAGCUAUACCAGAGAAGAAGUCCUCUGCUGACAAGAAGAGCAGGAAAGUCAGUAGCAAGAUCACAUCACCACCGCCCAGUCAAACAGAACGACCAUCACAAGCAGAGAAGGCAGGAGACGAGAUGUCUUCACUGGACAUCAUCCCUCAUAUUGUGUUAAACAUAACAGAGAAAGACUACAUGAGCACCAUAGGCAGCACUUUGCCUUCACUGGAUGAGGUGUUGGAUGAUUUAGGGAUAGGACCUAGUGGCCCACCAGUCCCUCCUCCUACCACCUUCUCUGUCCUUCCUUUUCCUAAACACAGAGAGCAAGCUAAACUAGAACAGACCUGCUUCACCUUCCUGAUUCCUUCAGGGCUGGAUGAACAGUACAAGGACAAGAGAGAGGCUGACCUCCAAGCAUCUGUUGUAAAGGUAACGGAAGAGGCAGCAGGCUCUAAAAUUCAUAGCAAGGCCACCAUUAAGGACAGUGCAGUGGCAAAGGACAAAGAUAAAACAGGAAGAGAGAGCCAGAGGAGCAAGAAACAGACCCCCGCCAAAAUAAACCCACAGGGUCCAGACCGUUUUGACUCAGGUACCUCCUUCCCCACGGAGAACACAGACCAAGAACAUCAAGCAAACCUGGAGCAAAAACGCCGCCAAAUGCUGACAACAUUUCGCUGGGUUGUACCAGCUGGUGGUGAGGUGGUCCUCAAGAUCUGGUUCUACUCAGAGUCACCAGGGAAUUUUGAACAUACUUUCAACUUUGAGAUAGUGGGGACCCGGAGACUCAACCAGCUCAUCUGCAGAGGAUUGUGCACCUAUCCUUCCAUCAGCAGCGAUUACACGACUGUUUUUGCACACAGUAAUAAAGUCACACAAACUAACGAAGGCCUUCAGAAGACCUAUGUAAUCAAACCCGGAUACUUUGAGUUUGGACCUUUGCUCUGUGGCAAGACCAGAGACAGAUACAAGGAAAAUAGGUACCCUGAGAACUCAGAGAAGCUGGUGAUUCAUAAUAACUCAAAUCUGGAGGCUGAGGUCCAGUUCAGUUUCCAGCAUGAUACACAGGCCACCACAUAUCUACUGGACCCACCAGCCAUGCACCUCAGGCCUAACCAGAAACAGGAGCUGACACUUUGGGCAUACCCAACAAAAGUAGGACAAAUGAAGGACAGCUUAGUUUGCCAGAUCAAGGACAAUCCUAAACUUGUGAUCAUUGACCUCUCGUGCUGGGGCGUUCAGCCAGAGUUGGCACUGGAAAGCAAGCAUUUGCACUUUGACAGGAUUUUGCUGCACAGGACGGACAGCCGCACGGUUGCAAUGUGUAAUAAGACAGCUCUGCCCGUGUCCUGGAGACUGCAGGGUGUAGAAGAGUUAGGUGAUGAAUUCACUGUGCCUGAAGAUCAGGGCAUCAUCUCACCUAACUCUUCUUUCCCAUUGAGUUUGCACUUCAGGGCCCGAAGGCCACUCAAUAUUAAGAGGACCUUACGUCUGGAGGUAUCUGAUGUGGAGAAAAUUCUAGGCGUUGUGCACACUGAAAAUAUCCAGGUUACUGCUGAAGCCUAUGAUGUAGAUCUGGAAAUCACUCCAGAUGGCUCCCUUGACUUUGGAACCAUCAGAGUCUUGGAGGAGGUCAAACUGUCUCUCAAACUGAGAAACCAGGGAAAAUAUGAAGUAGCUUACAAGUUUAAUCUUGAGCAGACAAACCCAAUGCAACCAGACCUAAACUCCAUGUUCAAAGUGUCCCCUCAGUGUGGUAGUCUAAUACCUAACAAGCCCACAACAGUGAACAUCAUCUUCAAACCCAAUAAAGAAGUGGUCUUUAAAGAGCAACCUAUCCUGCCUUGCCAGGUGAUUGAACCCAGUAUUGGGACAGGAGGAGAAGCUGUAGCCAUCGUGGCUAUCAAGGUUUCAGCUCAGUCGGUUUUCUCCAGAUACAAGAUCAUACCUGCAUGUGAUAUGAACUUUGGUCCACUGAUCUAUGGCAGCAAGAAAAGCAAAAGCUUCACCAUCGAAAACAUCGGGGUCUUUGAGACCUCUUUCACCAUCUGCCGCAUGAUCACAGAGCCUGUGAGGAAAGGUGGUCCAGGUAAGACACCAGGUAAGGUAGCAGGAGAGAACCUUUCAGGGAGACCUAAUGGUGCCAAAGUGCCACAAGAAUCUUUCCAGAAUUCUCUGCAGAAUCGCCUUAGCCUGGGUAUGUUCUCAGUGUCUCCCUGCACUGGGAGCCUACAGCCAGGGUCUCAGCAGCUGGUGACAGUGGACUGUGUAGCUGAACACCUGGGCAGGUGGAGCCAGGGUUUGCUCAUUGACAUCACUGGUCGUGAGGGCCAUCCUGACGGCAUACCCUACAAUCUGCUGGCUGAAGUCUGCAAGCCAGGCAUAGUGUUAGACAUGGCUUCCAUCUGUGAGGAACACCAUCUAUGCCACAGCAGUAGCCAGCUCUCCUCAGAGCAGUUUUGCAAUGCUGAAGGCAUUUUUGUGCUGGAUGAAAAUAAAUUCAUCUUCAACAAAAUCCUAGUGGGCCAAACUAGCCGAGCUCGCUUCAAACUCACCAACAGCAGCAAGGUCCCUUGCGUAAUCAGCUUGGCCAUCAAAAGUGCUGGGUCUAAGUCAUCUCGACACAUUGAGGUCUUUGAUUUGCCUGCUACAACAAUGAGCAUUCCCAGCCAGUCGCAUGGAUUUGCUGUCAUCACCUUCACACCUCAGACAAUGCAGCUGUACAGUGCUGUGUUUGAGGCCAAAGUGGAGGGAAGUGGGAGAAUGACACCCACAAUUAAGAACAGCGUGCUGGAGUUUGACCUUUUGGGACAAGGUACUCUGCCCAGUGUUUGUGUGGUACGACCAGCUCUGAGGAACAGUGAAGGAAGCCCAGCGCUGCACUUCAGGCGUGUAGUGGUAGGGCGUAGAUGUACCCUGCCCCUGGUGCUGCUUAAUAAUGGAAAUGUUCCAGCUGAGGUACAGAUUGACAUGCAGGAUAAACAUGGUGUAUUCACCCUCAAAGCUGCUUCUGACAACAUUACCGUCUCCAUCGACUCCACACAGCUUGCUUCAGAGCAUGAGUUUGUGCACAGAGUCAAUCUGAGGCUGAAUGUUAAUGAACAAGUGGAGAUUAAGGUCAGCUUCUGCUCUGAGGAACCCUUAAGUGUUAAGGCAAAAAUGUCACUGCAAGUGAAAGACAACCAACAGAGCAAUACUGCAAUACAAGUGACAGGAGAGGCUUAUUGGGAAAUGGUCUCUCUAGAUCACAUCAGCAGUUCAUUGGAUCAGGAAGAUGAUGAAGAAGGUAAUUGUGAGGUGCUGAAUUUUGGUGACUGCCUUGUAAACUUUCCAUACAAAGAAAGUUUUACUAUGACCAACCACAGCAGCAGCCAGGUGGUGAGGUUUGAGUGGCCCCCUAGAGGACCUUAUGCCAGCUUUUCACCACAGGUGGGACACCUUCAUGUUGGUUGUUCUAAGGAAGUGAUUGUCACAUUUAGCUCCAGUGAGCCAGUGACUCUGACUAGGCUGCCAGUGAGAUGUAAGGUUUGUCAGGUGAAGUUCCAACAACCUGUAGAGGAGGUAGCUGACUGGGACGACAGACACAAGAUGAUACGGUGGCUCGAUUCUUCAAAGAAUGACUCAGAAGCAUCCAAACAGGCUGUAAAGGACAAGGUGAUAACAGAUCCUGAGCCCUGCUGCUCUGUGGUUGAUGGCUCUGAGUUUGAGUUGGAACUGCGCAUCAGUGCCGUCUGUGACUAUGUGAAAUUAAGCUGCAGCACACACACCAUCCACUUUGAAAACACCAUGCUUUUCCAAACCAGGCUGCACCAACUGCAGCUAGUGAAUGAGAGCAAACUGAAGGUGGAAUUCUCCUGGGAAGUUCUCAUGGAUCCAAGCAGCAAAAUUGUCAGGCAUGACCAAGAGGGUGGGACCUCCACUUUUCAACCUGGCAGCAGAUCAGCACCAUCACUGACCCGUCCUUUCAGUGCUCUCAGCAGCUCCGUGUCCCUUCUGAUGAGGAACCCUGAGCUGCCUCCUUUCAGUGUUGAACCCAGCACAGGAGCCAUAAAGCCGGGUGCCAAGCAGAACUUCACUGUUCGCUUUUUACCCCUGCAGGUGUCCGCUUUUCAGGGGAAGCUGUUCUGCAGCAUUCAGAACUUGCAGGAUGGGGAGCAGGCCCCGUGUAUCUUGGUGUGUGGCCGCAGCCUAUUGCCCCAAUUCCACUUUGACCUGGAGGAUUCAGACUACAUCAGUGGGAACCGUCGUAAUCCUGAAUUUGGAGGCUCUCUGGACCCAAACACCAGGGUUUUGGAGAUUCAUGCCAUUGGCGUGUCUGUACCAUCAACAAGGUCUUUUAGUGUGGUGAACCCAACCAGUAAGCCCUGCUCAUUCAGGUGGAGGUGUGAUGACAAAGGUGGCAGCCAGUUCCGCUGUCUGACUCCAUCUGGUACCAUCCUACCUGGGAAGACAGCAGAAGUGUGUUUUGAAUAUGUUGCUGAUCAGCUGGAUGCAGUGGAGUCAUUCUGGACAUUUAUGAUUGAGACUCCAUCACUGUCUGUUCCCUUCCUUUGUGUGGGCACUGCUAGAGAACCACUCACCUAUUUCGACAGACCUCACCUUGACUUUGAGGAACUGCUUAUUGGACAAAAAGUGGAACAGGCAGUUAAUCUUGUGAACGGAGAGGACGACCCCUUCCAUUUCUCUGUGGCGCCUUCAUCUCUUUUCUGUGAAGACCAGCAAUCGAGCCUCACGUUGCAUCCCAUGACUGGCACCGUGGCACCCAAAGACAGGUUGCCAUUAUUAGUGUCCUUCACACCUUCCUGUGAAGGAUAUGUGAGUUUCAGAGUGGUUCUGAGGGUGAAGAGGAAGUCAGAGCCACUCACACUGGCCAUUAAGGCUAAUUGUUUCACCAUGAGCACUUCCGUACAACUUGAGAAACCAGAGGGGGGACUCAAAAAAAUUGCCCCCAACCAACAAGAAACUCUGGACUUUGGGAAGGUGGGGAUUUCAGAGCAAUCCACCUUUAAUUUUCUGGUGUCCAAUCUAUCAAGAUUCAUCCUGGAAGUGAACUUUGAACUAACGGGUUCCAGAGCCCUGCAGCAACACUUAGUUACACAACCACAAAAUGCUAGCAUCGAAGCUGGGAAGCAGCUGCAGUCAUCGCUGUGCUUUUCCCCCCAGAGCAUUUGCAAGCUCAAAGAUAUCAAACUAAAUAUCAAGGUGAAGUGCGGGCCAACUUUCACCUUUGACAUAAAAGGCAGGGCUGUGGCACCCAGUGUUGAAUUCUCAUUUUCCAAAUUCAACUUUGGCAAGUGCUUCUUGUACUGUCCUGGCAUGGAGCCGGCAACCCAGACUCUUACCUUAAGUAACAAAAGUGAACGGGACAUCAGCAUCCAGUGCCAGUUCAAGAACACCACUUUCCUGGAGAUGGACUUCCAGCCAGAUAUUUUGCCACCUGGUGGUAUGACAGGGAUACCGUUCACUUUUUAUCCUCGUGAGCCUUGCCGAUAUCACGAGAAGCUCACUUUCAUCUUAAACAGCUGUAUCAGCAAACAGAUUGAAAUACUGGGGCAAGGCAUUGAGCUGAAGCUGGAAGUUGAGGAUCCAAGGCAGAAGAAGGUGAAACUGGGACCUCUGAGACUGGGUCAGAAGAGGAAAAAACAGGUGGUUCUAGUCAACCGCAGCAGUGUAGACCUUUCUUUCACCCUGAUGCUCAGUACAGAUACACCAAUUGAUCCAAAGGAUCUAUCUUUCAGUCCAGCAGGUGAGCUGGAGCUGAAGUCUAGUGGUGGUUCAUGUAAUGUUCAGAUCUGUUUCUCACCUCAUCGGCACAUUCUUCCCUUCACUGCUGAGCUGCAGGCAAAGUGCUUAGGCUUGGUGCACCCCCUGCUGACCAUCCAAGGCUCCUGCCAGGGGGUCAAAGUUCAGCUGGACCAGGACUGCCUUUCCUUUGGAGCUGUGGUCCAGCACUGCCAGAUCAGGAAGAAGAUUGUCAUGACGAAUACUGGUGACAGUAAUGCCAGGUUUAACUGGAAAACAGAGGAUUUCCCUGCUGAGCUGUCCAUCGUGCCAGCUAAAGGAUUUAUCAACCCAGGGAUGGAGGUUCCCUUUCAAGUGACUUUUGCCCCUGUGAAGCUCAGUAAUGACACAAGAUAUGAGAACCUGUCUUGCCUCGUGGAGGGUUCCUCCUCACCUGUUACUCUCACUGUCACUGGCUCCUGUAUCGCGGUCCCCACCAGCAAAGAGGUGGUGAAUUUUGUUUGUCCAGUGCGUGGCUCUCACACCCAGACCCUGUCCGUGCUCAACCCCACGAAUCAGUGUUGCAGCAUCACCCCGGUCAUCGAGGGCGAGCAGUGGACUGCUGCACUCUCUGUGAUCUUCGAGCCCAACCAGAGCACAGCAUUUACAAUCACCUACCGACCUAUAACCAUGACUGCUCCUGGAAAAAAACACCAGGGAUCAGUCUUUUUUGCUUUUCCUGAUGGGACAGCCAUGCUGUACGCCUUGCAGGGAACAGCUGAUCCUCCUAAGGCAGAGGACACUAUUGUGCACGAGCUGCCUGCGAAGACUCACCACACAGUGCUGCUUCCUGUGCACAACUGGCUCUCUAGGCAACAGCGUUUCCUUGUGCUGCUAGAGAUUCUGAAGCCCGACAAACCAGAUGCUACAGUGUCCCUCGAGGGCAUCAAGUUCAUCGACGUCCCUGCUCAUGCCAAGAGAGACUACGAAAUGUCUUUUUUUACAUAUACAGAGGGACAGAGGGACACCAAGGUAACAUUCCGUAAUGAUGAGACAGGUGAGUACUUGUUCUACCUCGUUACCUUCAAAGCCACAUCUCCAGGAGUCCUGUCUGCUAUCGAGCUAGUGACACCUGUUCGCCGGGUGGCCUCAGCCAGUAUUCAAGUAGAGAACCCCCUGACCACAGCUGUCUGCCUCACCACUGAGUGUAAAUGCCGUGAUAUCAUUGUCCCACCCCAGCACACUGUGCCAAGACAGUCCAAGGGUGUUUUGCCUUUUGAGUACAAGCCUCUGCAAGCAGGCGAGUCUACAGCACGGCUGACUUUGGUCAGCAGUGAGCUGGGCCUCUUCCACUACGAUCUGCUUCUGAGAGCUCUGCCUCCAUCACCAGAGAAAACUGUGCACUUCAACACUUUUCUGGGCUGCAGCCACUCCGUCACUGUAAAGUUCACCAACUACUCCCGCUUCAAAACCACAUACUACUGCAAGACUGAUUGCCCAGACUUUAUUGUGGGUAAGAGUGUCAGUGUAACUCCAGGUUUCCACGCGGGCUCAGAGGCUAGUGUGGAGGUCUGCUUCGAGCCUUAUCAGCUGGGGGAAGUGAAAGGCCAGCUCAGCCUGUCUUCAGCAGUUGGUGGAGAAUACAUCUUUCCCCUGCAUGGGCUUUGCCUCCCCCCACAACCUCAGGGCCCGUUCAGCAUCAAGGCCGGUGGGAACGUCAUUAUCCCUUUCAAGAACGUGUUCCUGCAGACCACCACUUUGUCUUUUCUGAUUGACAACCACCAUUUUACCGUCAAAGGAGGGCACAGCAUCCAAUCCAAAGAGACUCAAAACAUCCAGGUGUCCUUUGAGGCUCCUCCAGAUAGCACUCGAGGACCGUGGCUCGGCAGCUUGACCAUCUCCAGUCAGUGCUCUGAGGGCCACAGGAAGCCCUGCUCAUGGGUCUAUUACCUGAAGGGCCACCGCCCCGAGUUAUCUUAAAGACAUGUGGACAUACAGAAGGACACAGAGGCCAACAUGAAGAUAAAGAAGAAUUCAAGAAUUCAAGCCUUGAUUGCCAGAUUUUAUUUGUUUAUCAUUUAGUUAUGUUUGUGUUGUCUAUCUGAAGCCUGAAUUCCAGAAUAUCUUGUUAUAUA